AUGGUACUGGGCGGCCAACUGGCCGAGUACUUCUUCCCAUCUCGAGCCGAAGCGGCAUCGACAAUAUCAGCGACAACGACAACGACACUCAACUAUGUGGAUGACGGUCGGGAGGGCCGGGAGGGUGGGAUCAAAGAUGAGGGUGGCAGACAGGCGUUCCUGCGACGGCCGAAAGAAGAGCUUCGCACGGAUAUGAAUCCAUCACAGCAAAACGUCAUAGCGGAGAACAUGGACAAAGACGUAGACGCCUACCGCCCCCCCUACCUCCACGCCAUGCUCGCCGGCGGCAUCGGCGGCACAACGGGCGACAUGCUCAUGCACAGCCUCGACACGGUCAAGACCCGUCAGCAGGGGGAUCCCCACAUGCCGCCCAAGUACACCAGUAUGGGGAAUACCUACUACACCAUCUUCCGGCAAGAAGGCGUGGGCCGCGGACUGUAUGGCGGUGUCGCUCCCGCAUUUCUGGGCAGUUUCGCCGGCACCUUGAUUUUCUUCGGCUGCUAUGAGUGGAGUAAGCGAUUCAUGAUCGAUCAUGGUGUUGCGCCCGGGGUGUCGUACCUCGCCGCGGGCUUCUUCUCCGAUCUGGCCGCGAGUCCGCUCUACGUACCCACGGAGGUUCUGAAGACGCGGCUGCAGUUACAGGGGAGGUUCAAUAACCCUUACUUCACCUCCGGAUACAACUACCGCUCCACCCCCCACGCCCUCCGCACCAUCAUCCGCACGGAGGGGAUUGGAGAACUGUUUUCCGGCUACAAAGCCACGCUCUUCCGCGACCUGCCGUUUAGUGCGUUGCAAUUCGCUUUCUACGAGCAGGAGCAGAAAUGGGCGACGCAGUGGGUUGGGCCUGGGAGGGAGAUUGGUUUGGCGUUGGAGAUUCUGACGGGGGCGAGUGCGGGUGGGAUGGCGGGCGUUCUUACUUGUCCGAUGGAUGUGGUUAAGACGAGGAUUCAGACCGAGUUGGACCCAGAGGUCGCGGCUAAGGCGAGGUUGGCGAGGAAGGGGAAGGGGAAGGGGAAGGGGAAGGGGGUGGGGGGUGCGACUGCUGCUGCUUCGUCGUCAUCACCGCAGGAUCUGCAGAAGUCCCCUCAUCGCCCUUCGGCUGCUGCUGCGCCUUCGGUGGUGGGUCUUCAGCAUCCGCAGCAGAAAUCCCCAAUCUCGACUUCCGGGCCGAGUACGGCGUUGAAACAUCAUGGGCAGGUGGCCCUGGACACGGAGUCUGUUGUCAAAGCUCUCCGGAUUAUUUAUAAGAACGAGGGGAUGGCGGGCUGGUUUCGCGGGGUCGGGCCGAGGGCUGUGUGGACGAGUGUGCAGUCUGGGACUAUGUUGUUGGUUUAUCAGAAGUUGUUGAGGUGGUUUGGGGCGCAUCCGUUGAGUGGGGAGGGGGAUGGACUGCGGGAUUAG